AUGAAUAACCAACAAUUACUCCCCAUCCCGUUCUUCCCUAAACCCGAAACAUAUCAUUUAUCGGAAAUGUUUAGGCUCCUAACUGAAAAUUCAUCAUUUUGUGGAUCUCUUUUACAACCCCAAAAUUCAUUUUCAUCACCAUUUACCUCUAAUAACUACGACCCCUCAGCUUACUUUCCUGUUUCGACUGAUAUUUCGGCUAUUGUUUCCCUCCCCGGUUUUAUCAAGAAACCACCCGAAACACCACCUGUUCUUGAUGGAAUUGGUGCUGUUGUUGGCCAAGAAGUCCUUUUUGGCACGACCAAUACCAAGAAUUCAGAAACAUCGGAUUUUGCUUCGAUUUCUAAGCGUAUCGGGUCAAAAGAAAGAAAACACGAAAGGGGGGCUAAGAAAAACUGUGCGAAUAAUGGGGUUCCAGUGCAAAGGACUUAUAGAGGGGUUAGAAAGAGGCCAUGGGGGAGGUGGUCAGCUGAGAUAAGAGACCGUAUAGGGCGGUGCCGCCACUGGCUUGGAACAUUCGACACCGCGGAGGAGGCAGCGCGUGCAUAUGACGCUGCUGCUAGAAGACUUAGAGGUGCAAAAGCAAGAACUAACUUUGAAAUUCCUCCUGUCUUGCCUCCCAUAUCUUCUUCUCCUUCUCCCCCAAAUGCAUGCUCAAGUUCAAGUUUAAACAAUGCAGAAGUGAAGAGGAGGACUAAUAAUUCUAACAACAAAUUGAUUGGUAAUGGUGGUAGAAAGUGUGCAGUUGUUACUUCCGUGGCACAUUUGUUUAGUAAUUUUGAGGGGAAAGGAACUAGUGGCGGCGGCAAUGUGGAGCUGGAUUUGAAGUUGGCGACAGGGUUUGGCGGCCAUCAUGAUGGCAACAAGAGUGCUGCUAGUGCUCCUCCAUCUAUGGUGGUUUAGUGUUUUUCAGUACUUAGUGGUAUCAAGUAUGAUAUAUGUUUUUGGUGUAUAUUAUGGUGCCUAUUUAUAUUAUUUUGGAUUUACCGUUGUAUCCAGGUAGUUUCAUGUUCAUGAGCUGAUGUUGUUGCGUGUGCAAGAAGGGCUGGUAAUAGCUAUAGCUGGCUAGUUAAGGCACUUUCUUAGAAGAUGAUUGUUGCCCAUGAGUGUCAAGAAGACGAUGAAUAUAGAA